AUGGGCUCCGACACAGGGACACAACCGCCUUCUUACUCAACAGUAGAUAAGACCAGCCCAGAUGAGUUUCUCACUCGCAUCAUGGAUCACACUGCCCAAGAGAGGUCCGGACCAAUCACUCCGGCGAUAGAGAGAGAGGCCACACGUGUCAAGAAUUUCAUGGUCUUCAUGCUCUCGGUGGACUACAAGUGCAACUCUAGUUCGAAGUUGUCCGCAAUCGACCGAGAACAUUUCACGACGAUGCACAGUUACCUUCUGGACCUCGACAAGGCUCAUGGAAUCAUCAUGCCCUCUCCAUCUGAGCGACAUGAGCUGGCCUCGUAUUUUUGGCAAUACUUACACGAGCCUUGCAAGUACCUCCAUCUCCCGGUGGAAAGCGUCUUGGACGCAAUGGGGAAUCUUACAAAGUACACCACUGCUCGUGGUCGGUACAAAGGAUGCUGUUUUGGCGUGAUUCAAGCCGCAGGACUGGAGAGGCUUGCGCAGAAGCUGUAUCUCGACAUUCAAAUCGUGAUGCCUCGGACCAUUGACGACCAGCAGCUACGCCAGAAAUUCGUCCGCGCCAUCGAUGAAGUCCGGGCGAUCUACUUCCAAAAAAUCACCGGCAUAGAGGCAGCCACGAUGGAUCUCGAGUGGAAUAACCGCAAGUGGUGCGUAUUACAAAACAUCAGCUACGAGAUGAACGACCGAGGACGGACCUACGAGUCCCAGCGAAGUGGCGCUAUCAGAGAUGCAGCAAGAAGCGCCGAGUUCUCCGUGUGCCACUGGAAGAAGAAAGUCGGCGGGUGCAUAGGUGACAUCUUGCAUCGACGCCAACGGGUGGAAGCCGGACAGCUUGCUGCAGAUCAUUUCUAUCCCACAGUGAUAAAUUAUGAAGACGGGACGAAGAAGCCCUUUGGUACGUCCACGAAGUCCUGGCCUCGGAACUGGGGUUACAUACUGUCCCAGUUCUUGCCAGACUACUUUGAGAACAGGUCAGGGACACAGCAGACGGAUGCGUAG